CUACGGCUGCUCUCACAAAUUGUGGAACGCAACGUAACCAUACAGACCCUUCAAAGUUCGCUUCUUUGCUGGCAUGGUCACUUGCUUCGUUCGUUCUUUUUCUCUUUGCGCCUCCUCGAUUUUUUUCUGUUCCAGUUGUUGGAGUAAAUCUUUAAAGUGAGAUAUUGAAUCGAAGUGGACCUGUUUCUUCAUACUGAACAGUAAUCUAGUUCAUAUUUCCUGGUUCUUUGGGCCAUCAUUAUGGCUGUACACUCAAAGCUCAGGCUUAUUGGUUAUUCACAAGAUAUUGUAGAUGGGCAGCCAAUUUUUGUUUCCUCGAAUUGUACUCCUGUCAAGGCUUGGAGAUUUGAACCUGCGGGUCAUGCCUUCCAUUCUGCUGCGCUCAAACUACUUGGUGUUGAGGAAGAAAAUUCAGAUGCUGAUGAUAAAAAAGUGGUUGAUGAUAAUGAACAGAAUUAUUUUCCAUCAUCAGAUUCUUACAGCAGCAAGAGUAAAAAGAAAUCUGGUUCUGGAGACAAGCAACAAGAUCACUAUGCAUUGUUGGGUUUGACUCAUCUGAGAUACCUUGCUACAGAGGAUCAAAUACGCAAAAGCUAUCGUGAAACUGCUUUGAGGUAUCAUCCUGACAAACAGGCAGCUCUGCUUCUUGCUGAGGAGACUGAAGCUGCAAAGUUGGCGAAGAAGGAUGAGAUAGAAAGUCAUUUUAAGGCAAUCCAGGAAGCAUAUGAAGUUUUGAUUGAUCCUGUGAAGAGAAGAAUCUAUGAUUCAACAGAUGAAUUUGAUGAUGAGAUUCCUACUGACUGUGCCCCACAAGACUUCUUCAAAGUGUUCGGUCCUGCAUUUAUGAGGAAUGGAAGGUGGUCAGUUAAUCAGCCUGUUCCAUCUUUAGGUGAUAACAACACUCCAUUAAAAGAUGUCGAUAACUUCUAUAAUUUCUGGUACACCUUUAAAAGCUGGAGAGAGUUUCCUCAUGCUGAUGAAUUUGAUCUUGAGCAAGCUGAAUCUCGAGACCACAGGAGGUGGAUGGAAAGGCAGAAUGCAAAAUUGUCAGAAAAAGCGAGAAAGGAAGAAUCUGCAAGGAUUCGUGCUCUAGUUGAUAAUGCUCAUAAGAGGGACCCUAGAAUACUGAAGAGGAAGGAAGAGGAAAAAGCUGAGAAGCAAAGAAAAAAGGAGGCUAAGUUACUUGCAAAGAGGUUGCAGGAAGAAGAAGCUGCCAGAAUUGCAGAAGAGGAGAAGAGACAAAAGGAGGAGGAAGAGAAACGAGCUGCAGAAGCUGCUUCACAACAGAAGAAGUUGAAGGAGAAAGAGAAAAAGGUCUUGCGGAAAGAGCGUGCUCGUCUUCGAACACUUUCAGGACCUAUUGUGUCACAAAAUGUACUUGGUAUAUCUGAGGAUGAUGUAGAAAGUCUUUGUAUGUCACUUGAUACUGAGCAGCUGAGGUGUUUGUGUGAGAAAAUGGGUGGCCUACAGAUGUUAGAACAAGCAAAAGUUCUCAUAGAUGCACGAGAUUGCCAAAAAGAUGGAGAAAAUAAGAAAAAAAGAAGAAUCAGUGAUCGACAGAAUGGUUCUGUUAAGGCUAAUGGUAAUGCCUCACCAGGAAACUUGGAGAAGAAGGAAAAACCCUGGAGUAAAGAAGAGAUUGAUCUGUUAAGAAAGGCAAUGGUAAAAUAUCCCAAAGGAACUUCACGAAGGUGGGAGGUUAUUUCAGAGUACCUUGGUACUGGACGGUCCGUGGAAGAAAUUAUGAAGGCAACAAAAACAGUUCUCCUCCAGAAGCCUGAUUCUUCCAAAUCCUUUGAUGCAUUUCUCGAGAAAAGGAAACCUGCACAAUCAAUUGCAUCUCCACUGACCACUAGAGCAGAAUUGGAAGGGGAAUCAACUCCAGCAAUCUCCCAAAGUAAUUCUUCCUCGACAACAAAUAACUCUGAAGACUCCAGCAGCAAAAUUGCCGACAACCAAGUCUCUCCUGGUUCUGCCACUGCAAAUGGAGUAUCCUCUAGUUCAGACCAAGAUGUCUGGUCAGCCGUACAGGAGAGAGCAUUGGUCCAGGCUUUGAAAGCCUUCCCAAAGGAAACUCCCCAGAGAUGGGAAAGGGUUGCAACAGCUGUCCCUGGAAAGACCAUGAAUCAGUGCAAGAAAAAAUUUGCAAUGAUGAAGGAAAACUUCAGAAACAAGAAAAGUGCAGCUUGAUGAGAUAGAGAUGGUAAACUGAUUCAAAGUUCCUACGGAUUAAGUGCCAUUUUUUGGCUCUCAUUUGGGGGAUUUUGCCAUGCCGCAGUUUAGAUCCCAAAGCUAAUAUUUUGAAGAGAAAGAGAACCCCCCCCCCCCCCCCAAAAAAAAAACAAUAUAGGUUAGUUUCAAAUUCUUAUUCAGUAUCCUUAAUUAUGCUUCAAUUUGAGGGGUAGGUAAUGUUCUACGGUCUUAUUGGAUACUGUCUUUACACCAUGGGUGGAAUACAUUUUGUAUUUGAUUCUUAAGAGAGUGAACAUCCGAUUAUAAGAUCAGACAGCAUUUGCCAGCCAACCAGCCAUAUCUUCUGUAGACGGAGUUGACACAUCUUUUAUAGAUCGAUUUUAUUAGAUGA